AUCACUUCAGUUAAAACCUUGGCAUUUAGAAAUCAACAACGGGUUUGAAAUUUAGUCCAUUUAACUGCAAUAAAAAUGAGACGGUCGAUCUUAUUGUUUUUUAUCAGCGGUUGUGUGUGUUUGCAGUGUUUCUGGAAUUCUUGUCCAUUUAAACACUUUUCUAGUAAAACGCCAUAUAAUUUAAUCCGAGGAGAUUUUAGAGAUUCUGUUGUUAAAAUAAAAGGCUGUAAACCAACUAACAUAUGGACAAUAAUAAGACAUGGGAAAAGAAGUCCGGGCCGUCGCUUCGGGAAGUAUAUGAAAGAAACAGUAACUAUAAAAGACUUUAUUUCAAAAGAAAAUAGUACUCUUUGUGCUCAGGAUGUUGAUAACUUGAAAAACUGGCAAGCUGACAGCGAAUUGUUUGGUAAACCGAGUAGCUUAACUAAAGAAGGUUAUCUGGAAUUUUAUGGUAUAGCAAAGAGAUUAAGAGAAGCAUAUCCUGAAUUGUUUAAUAAUACAGAAGACGAUGCUAAAUAUUUCCUGCAAUCUGCGAUUGGUCAUUGGGUGGAAGAUGGUGUUGAGGGUUUCAUUGAAGGAUUAUCAAAUGAUAACCAAUUAAGAAUCAAACCUGCACCAGCAUUGGAUAAAGUGGCAGCGCCGUUUAGAAAAUGUGCCAACUACUCGAGGCUUGUGAGGUGGGGCCCUACUGUCUACGAUGAACAUGAUACUUAUCGUCUCUCAAAAGAGUACCAAAAAGCUAAAAAGCGAAUCGAAAUGCGCGUCGGUAUGAGUCUCACAUAUGACAAUGUCUCUGCUCUAUAUGAUUUGUGUCGGUAUACUUGGUCGGGUAUUGAAAUGAAACCGAGUCCAUGGUGCGCAUUAUUGUCACCGAAGGACUUCGAAGUAAUGGAGUAUUUAGGAGAUUUGAGGCAUUAUUAUAGAAAUGGCUAUGGGAACAUAUACAACAUAAUUAUGGGUGAAUAUGUCAUGGCAGACUUGUAUAAACAAUUUAAACUGGCUACGGAAGAAGGUGGCAACACACUAACAGCAUAUUUCACUCACGCUACCGUGCUGGAUAUGACAUGGUCUGCUUUGGGCUUAUAUAAGGAUACUAAACCGAUCACCGGAGCCGCUGGAAUUCACAAAAGAAAAUGGAGAACAACGUAUUUGUCAGCGUUUGCAGCGAAUCUGUUGGCAGUCUUAUACAAAUGCGAUAACGAUUUUAAGGUUGUAUUUUAUCGUAAUGAAGAACCAAUAAAAACGAUGUGUCAUCAUGGAGUAUGUUCUUGGAGUGACUUUGAAAACAAAUUUAAGCCUUUCCUUAAUACGACGAUCGAGGAGUUGUGCUAAUUUAAGAAUUAUUUAUAUUUAUGCUAGUCAAUUAAGUCCUUACAUUAAAGUUGUUUACGAGAAACA